AGACUCCCAAGGAAUGCACUCGAUCAACUAUGGCGGAUUCUUUAUCAUAGCUAUUUACAAGUGAUUUAUAUUGGGUUGUUUUGUCCUAAAUUUUGUGGAUUUCUUUCUCAAAAUGAGAGACAGACUACGGGCAUUACAGGUACGUUUAAUCCCGGUUGUUAUGACAUCCGAUCCUUUUUGUAUCAUGAAAUAUUCACCAUUUAAUGCCUUAUGUGAGUAGAGCACUUUUGAUGUAACUGGGUUAGGCCACUUUACAUAUUUUUCUUAUUUCUCUUUCCUUAGGCUGCCGCCAUAAAAACGGAUGAUUUCUCCAGCGAAUAUGAUGACCAUACUGUUGAUAUCACGGGCGAGUUUAUGCCAGACUUUUUCGACGAGGUAGUUUUUGUAAACAAGUCCCGAUCUUUUAGUGUAAAUACUAAUGUAAAUACACAAGAUGUAUGAGACUAAUUUGUGGUGAGAAAUGCUGUCAUUUACAAAAGUUAAAUAGGAUUUCUUUAUACCGACUGUGUAGGUCGAUGAAAUUCGCAAUAGCAUCGAGGCGAUCAAUCGUAAUAUCGAUGAUGUCAGGAAAAAACACAGUGCUAUUUUAUCAUCACCAGUGCCAAAUGAACGUAAGUAAAUAUAAUGUUUGUUUUGAUGGGAUAUAGCUGUUUUAACUCUACGGAAAUUGUCAAAGUUCUGUAGGAUAAUUAGUUAAUGUGCACAUUGAACAAUAUAGAUGUGUAUUCAUGUAUGCAUUUAAUAUUUUGUAAUAAUAAUUUGUGCAAAAGUUGUCAGUGACCCUUUACUUUGGCUACUAUUUUAACCCAUUAGAUGGCAACACUCCCCUUGAAGAGUAAAAUCUUCUUGUGUUAGACAGAGUAAAAUGAUAAAGUAGGGUGCAUCAGGGCACACAUUGCCACUUAAAGGGUUAACAAGAUGCAUUGGCAGAUAGUCUGAUUAACCCAUGGAGUAGCAGCACUCUCCCCUUGAAGAGUAAAAUCAUCUGGCAUUAGACAAAGUAAAAUAAUGAAACAAGGCACAUCAGGGUCACAGAGUAGAGACAUACAGAGACGUAACUGACCAUCAUAAACACUGCGGAAUCUUAUGUUAUCAUGUACCCACUUUAUUUCAGGCGACCGGGCGAAAAAUGAUCAACUGCGCGUGCUCAACAAGUUUAAAGUCAAUCGUCAUCAGGUCGUUAUCCAAUCAGAUGCAUGCAUCUAGUAACUUGCCGAGCAUGCGCACAAAAAAAGUGGGUACACUAGUUACAUCUCUGUAUGUCUCUACUCUGUGUGAGGGUGCAUUGACACUUAAAGGGUUAACAGGAUUAGUGACGAUCGAUUACAGACUGAUUAUGAAUGAUUAGACAGUAAAAUAAUGAAAAUACUCAGAGGUGCAGCCAGGGGGGGGGAUUGGGGGCACUUCUCUUCACAACCAAUUAUUUAAUUAUUUCUUUUAAAAAUGAGGAGAAGGGGGGGGGGGGGCAUGAGCUCUUAAUGUUUUCAUCAUCUUGAAAACUGAAAUAGUGUUUUGCUGACCCUGUUGCAAUCAGCUAAAAAACAGAAAAUACUUUGAUGUGCAAGUGAAGUCUUUGUUUGAAAUGUUGAAAGGUUUUCAGUAUUUGUGAGGUAGAUCAACCUAGCCCAACGUACACUGGAUUCAUGCUCAAGACCGAUACAUUAAUGUUAUUUUAGAGAUUAACUCUGAGCUUGAGAUGUUGAUGAAUUCAAUUAAAAAAGAUGCAAACAGCGUGAGAAGCAAACUGAAAGGUAUAUAUGUUCAGUUUUACAGUAAAAUUCAUAGCAAUUCUGUUUGUAUUUUUGUUCAUCAUGAUCAUCUUUUAGUGUACAUUAUAACAGUCAUUGCGAUUGUUUUUAUUAUUUAGUUAUGGAACAAAGGAUCCAGGAAGAUCAGUCUGUUGUACAAGCCGCAGACACGAGAAUACGAAAAGCACAGGUUGGCACUUCUCACCAUUACAACUUUAACCCAUUGAGCCGCAAUGCGCCCUACUUAUUUUCUUUUACUUGUCUAACGCCAGACAAUUUUACUCAUCAAUGGGGAAGCCCCGCAGCUUAAUGGGUUAAAGCUCAAGACUCCUCUUGACAGCUGUUCAAAAUUUAAGACAGCUCAGCAGACUAGCUAAGACCAUGAUCAGGAGUUAACUUUCAUUAUCAUGCACACACUCCUAAGAAUGUUUAUUACUAGUUUGUAAUGCACUAUCAGUAUUUAAUUAAGUACUGUUGAUAUUUUAGCACGCUUCAUUGUCGCGAGAUUUUGUGGACGUUAUGAGCGAAUAUAACACUAUCCAAGUUGGCUAUCGAGAAAAAUGUAAAGAAAGAAUUCAGAGACAGCUUGAAAUAAGUAAGUCAUACUAGUAACUGAAAUGUAGUAUGCGGACAAUGUUAAUUUCUUGUGUCAGUUCUGCUAUUCCUACGAUAUGCAGCAAAGGCCAUCCUAUUUUAGUGCAACAGUUCACAACCAAACUGGUGUUUGGACAGCCACAUCUGUAGUAGAAAUCAUUGUGGAGAAUGUGUCAUAAUUUUACUCAUUUUUCUAGCGGGAAAAUCAAGUACAAGUGACGAAGUCGAAGAUAUGCUCGAAAAGAAGAAUGUUGCUAUAUUUACAUCUGGUGUAAGUAUAGAAACAUUUUCUUUUGUCUUUAUUUCCAAUAAAGUUGCCAACUUGUUCCUCAUAUUUACCACAAAAGAAAAUUUUCAUAUGUUGUGUUUUUCAUUUCUAGAUAAUCACAGAAACUCAGCAGGCACGGCAAGCUCUGGGUGACAUUGAAGCGAGACACAAAGACAUCUUAAACCUUGAAAACAGUAUCAGGGUGAGAAUAAAAACAUAUUUUGCACUGAGUAUAUUGCAAACCCUUCCUGACAAUGUCUUUUGCUGUUUUAGCAACUACAUGAAAUGUUUUUGGAUAUGGCUAUGUUGGUUGAGAAUCAGGUACUUAAUAUUGAGUUAAUUUUGCAGGGAUGGAUUUACUGGGGGUGUGCGGGGGGGGUGCACCCCCCAUAGCCCUGGCC